UAUGUUUUUAUAAUUGUAAUUUAUAAUUUAUGUGAAGUUAUUAGUGCUUAGUGACAUAAAGUUGCAAUAAAUAAUGCAAAAUGAAUCUCAUCUUAAAAUAUAUUAAAAGAAAAGUGUUAUUAUAUUGGAUCUUAAGAGUUUGUGUGUUAAGUAUUUUUCUAGUCAUUAGUAUUGCUGCAUAUUUCAUUUUAUUUCCAUCAAUAAUUUACAUAAAUACAGCUGAUAUUCCAAAAUUUUUAGUCAAGACAAGUGGUGGCGAAUAUGAACUUCUAAAUAGAAGUACAUGUCCAUUAGUUGAAAUUAAAGAAGAAACCAGUUUAAUAAACAUUAAAAAAACUGUCAGCAGUAAACAACUUGAUUAUAUUAAGCAAUUUGUUUCUUCAGGUGGAGAAUGGAUGCCAAAACAUUGUAUACCACAACAUCAUACUGCAAUUAUACUAUGCUAUCGCAAUAGAACUGAACAACUUCAAACCUUUUUAUAUCAUAUACAUUCAUUUUUACAAAAGCAAAAUAUACAUUAUCAAAUAUUUGUUAUAGAACAGACAUUUGAUGCUGAAUUUAACCGCGGAAAAUUAUUUAAUGUUGGUUAUCGAGAGGUUACAAUGCGUUCUCUAGCUGGAUGUUUUAUUUUUCAUGAUGUUGAUUUAAUGCCAGAAAAUAUAAAUAAUAUUUAUGGUUGUACAAGUUGUCCAAGACACAUGAGUACUAGUAUAAAUGUUUUUAAUUAUAAAUUGCCAUACUAUAAUAUAUUUGGUGGUGCUAUUGCAAUGACGCGCAAACAAUUUCAUGACAUUAAUGGAUUUUCAAAUGUAUUUUACGGAUGGGGCGGUGAAGAUGAUGAUUUGUUUAAUAGAGUUUACCAUAGAGGUUAUAGAAUUUGUCGAUAUCAAUCAUUUAUAUCAAGGUAUACAAUGUUAACACAUGAAAAAGAAAUACCAAAUGAAAAUAGGAUGAAAUAUUUAAGAAAUGGCCCAAAACGAUUUUAUACGGAUGGUGUUGAUUCGGUUACUUAUAAUUUGAUCAAAUAUGAACAGUUACCAUUAUAUACAAGAAUAUUAGUCAAUGUUUAACUAAAUAUAGAAACUAUUAAACUUAUGAACAAACCAACAUGAAACCAUAAUGAUAAUGUGAAUCACUCCUUAUCUUGGUAUAAUAUAUUAUUUAGAGUCAACAUUCAUAAUAUUAAGCAUUGGAAAUAUUUACACAUGGGAAGAU